AUGACUGCAAUUAUGCAAAAGUCUACCGCCAUCUUUGGUCAUCCACAAAUCCCAGCUCCCGGCUUUGACCGAGUUUUCUGGGUUAGUCAAGACGCGGAAAUACUCGCCAAUUGGAAGCAGCCAUGGUCGGAGAGGUCUUUGGAAGACUUGUAUCAAGAUCAUCCCGAGAAGCGACUCCGUAGUAUCGAGCCGAGCACCCUGGGGCUUGUGGCAAAGACAGCUCUGCAGAUUGCAGAUGAAGCAGCAAACAACUGGCUGACAUCGUUUUGCCCUGGCACCAAGUGGUCUGACAGUAUCAUCAAUGUAGACAACAUCUACGCCUUUACCGCGUCCGAGCCCGACUACACCAUCCUGGCCAAGGCCGUGUCUCUGCAAGGCGUGAAAGAGGCGAUCGCAUCGCUCUUGUUGAGCUCGAAGACAAUGGUGCGCGAUGCAAAGAGCAUGACGCCGCUGAUUCUGGCUCGCGUGAUGGACCAAUCUGUUGCGGUCUGCCAGGUCGCCAAGGACGACAAACGCCGCGUACUGCUCGAGACGACAAAGGCGAAGGUGGAGUGGUUACCCGUCGCACUGGAUUGCAAGAGACUAGGCAUACAACGCCGUGCCAUCAAGAGUCUCGAGGAGUAUCAGGCAAGGGUCCGGAACGAGCCAGCUCAUGCGAACCCAUCUAAGCAAGCUGGUCGUCGCGUCAAGGGAGAAACAAUGGUGCUAGAUCGCGCCCUGGCCGAGUUUCAAGAGUACCGUUUGGACUUUUUAGUCGAGAUGUACAGAACACUCCGGCAAUUGCUGGAGGCGACCGCUUGA